AAAGGCAGAGUUCAGAGAGUGCGUCACUAGGGGCAGCUCACUGUGGGUAGGGGACCCUAGGAAAACCAGCACAGUUUAUGUGCAGACUCGGAGCGAGCACCAUGGCUCAGUUCACCGGAGGAGACGAUUACCAGGCAGAGUUUGAUCCAAAGGCCUAUCUCGGAUAUUUUAAAUUUGGAGAAGACACCUUGGGAGAGAAAUAUCUUAACUUUGCCCUGAAACACUAUUGUAAAACCUUCACUUCAGGUGUGGUGAAAGGCGACACCCUGAUUGAUAUUGGCAGUGGCCCCACCAUCCACCAGCUCCUCUCCGCCUGCGAGUCCUUUAAGGAGAUCAUUGCUUCAGACUAUACAGAUUGGAACCUCCGGGAACUGGAGAAAUGGCUGAAGAAUGAGCCAGAAGCAUUUGACUGGACUCCAGUGGUGAAAUACGUGUGUGAGCUAGAGGGAAACAGGUACAGGGGCUGGAGAAAGCAGAUUGUCUACAGUCCUUGUGUAUUGCUUAGUUUGUCUGUGCAUCAUCAUCUACUUAUCCUCCUGGAAGCUGCAACAUAAUCAGUGGUGAAUACAGGCAGAAAUUUUGGGGAGAAAAUAAAGAGCAGGGGGAAUGUGGUUUUCAGUCAUGGUAGGAGUCUGUAUAGGGUCCCCAGGAGGUCUCAGCAUCAAAGAUCUUGGAGAGAGCUAUCAACUGAUAAUGGCAUUUUCCCGUCUGAAAUGCAGAGGCCAGGGUAAAUUCAUCUGGUUUCAGAUUUUUUAAAAAUCCAAAAUUCAGACAGAGGGUCCACUGAAAAAGUAGCCAGAGCUCAUGUCCCGUGGAAAGGGAACUAAAGAUAAAGUUAACGCAGGGUCCUACAAACAC